AUGGGAGGAUAUCCAGGAACUGGCGAUGAAUCAGAGAAUCAUCGUAUAAAAUUAAGUAAUGAACGGAAACAAGAUUACAUAGAUUAUUUAUCAAACAAGAAUGAUAAUUUUACUAAACCAGAUGAAUACUUUGAAGAUGUGAAUCCAGAUACAUUUCUUGGUUUUGGUGAAAGCCAAGGUAGGCAUGAACGUCAUAAGAAUGUAAUUACAGCAGAGAAGAGACAAAUAUCUCAUGAUCAAUUAGCUGAUGAAAGAAAACAAGAAUACCAAACAUAUUUAUCGAAAACUGAUGUUCAAUUUUCUAAACCAGAUGAAUACUUUGAGAAAGUGAAUGCAGAUUCGUUUCUUGGGUUUGGAGAAGGCGGUAAACAACCUACUCAUGGUACUCAUGGUCGUAAGAAAGUGAAUUUGCACGAAAGUAGAGAAACUGCUAUUGAAAAAUUACAAAACUCGUUACAGCAAGCUUCUAUUUCAACUUAUGGAAGCUUAAAUAUAUCUAAUUUUGAACAAAAAACCGAUGAUAAUAAACAGCAGUUGUGGAAGGUGCGUCCAGAAACGCCAAAGAACGAGUAUCAAGACCAUUCACAAAAUCAAAAUGAUAAAUCAUCUAUUGAGAAUGUUACAGAAUUGAAUGCACAUCAACGUUAUCUUGCUGCUUUAGCACAUUCACCACUUCACAAUCAGAUAGAGGAAGCUAAUUCACAAAUGAACAGAGAGCAAAGCCUGCAAAAUCAACAAGACGAAAAAAGACGACAACAUGAGCAAUAUUCUCAAGAAUUAAGCCAACAAAUUGCGGACAAAAAGCAAUACAAUAUUGUAAAGGCGAAUCGUGAACGAUUAGAAUAUGAAGCUAAUUCCCCGUCGCCCUCUCAGACUGAAGAAAAUUAUACACAAAUUCAAAGAAAGAUUACUUUACAAAACGAAGAUGACGAAAAGAGACGCCAAUGUGAAGAAUACUAUGAACAAUUAAAUGAACAAGUGGCAGAUAAUAAACUUCUGGAUACCGAAAAGGCUAAUCGUGAACAGUUAGAAGAUGAAGCGAAUUUACCGCUGCACAUAACAGAUCAGAUAACAGAAAAUGAUACGCAAAUUAAUAGAGAACUCAUGGAACAAGAUGAAAAGAAACGUAAAAAUGAAGAAUAUCUUGAGCAAUUAUGUCAACAAAUCGAAGAUAAUAAACAACGGAAAAUUGCAAAGGCUAAGUUAGAACGCUUAGAAGAUGAGGCCAUUGUUCGAUACGAGCAUAACCAUGCUAUGUUUUAA